GGCGGCGACGAACGGCCCCAUCAGUGCUGCCUCCCUGUAACGCCGCGCUGUGUUAUGCGGUCUUGGAUUGGUUUGAUACGACGCCAUCUUUAGCAGGUUUCGAACCUCUUGAACGUGGUCGAGGGGGAAACGAAUCGUCUGGAGCCGGAAAGUGUGACUGUGAUUGGGGAAAAAUCAAGGAAAAACAACCCUUCGGGUCGUGCAAAUCCGCCGUGGUAGCCGUCAGCUGUGAGCGCCUGCCAGCAUGUUCAAUCUGCUCGCCGGCCCUCUGGGCCGAGUGGUGAAACUCCACAGCAUCGUCAUAGAUAAUCAGUUAUUCAGGUUGCAUUACAAUGCGACAACGCUGUUGUUGGUGUUCUUCAGCAUUUUGGUGACGUCGACGCAGUACUUCGGCGACCCGAUCAGCUGCGUGCAGCACGACUCGAUCCCGAACAACGUGCUCAAAACGUUCUGCUGGCUGCACGGAACUUUCAACUUGCCAGAGGCUUACAACAAGACCGUCGGACCCAAGGGAGUCCCGUACAGCGGAAUCGACAAGUUCACUCCCGGCGAGAGGAAGACAUACUUCCUGUAUUAUCAAUGGGUGUGCUUCGUUCUAUUCCUGCAAGCCAUGGCCUUCUACGCGCCUCACUGGAUUUGGAAGCUCUACGAAGGGGGACUCGUCAAGAAGCUCGUUCAAGACCUCGACUGCCCUGUGAAAGACCGGAACGAAGUUUGCGGGAAAGCCGCCGUCGUGGCGAAAUACAUUAGUACCCACUUGGGGCUGCAUGCCUGCUACUUCUAUGCGUACGUCUUCACCGAAACGCUGAACUUCGUCAACGUGGUCGCUCAAAUUCUCCUCACCGAUCGUUUCCUCGGGAACAUGUUCACGACGUACGGAACCGAUGUGCUCAAGCACAGCGAAAUGAAUCCCGAGGUGAGGAACGACCCCAUGUCCCGGAUUUUCCCCCGCUUGACCAAAUGCACAUUCCACAUGUUCGGUACGUCCGGUGACGUGCAGAAGUACGACGCUCUGUGCAUUCUGGCGCAGAACAUCAUCAACGAGAAGAUCUACAUAUUCCUCUGGUUCUGGUGGGUGGUUCUGGCUCUGGGAACGGGCAUCGCGGUCGGUUAUCGUUUGGCCACGAUAAUGAUGCCGCGUCUACGUCACAUUCUGUUGAAGAACCGGGCGAGGAUCACCGACCGCCGGACGGUCGACAGCGUCAUGCGACGUCUCCGCGCCGCCGACUGGUUCCUGGUUUACCAGUUGUCGAAGAACAUGCACCCAGUACAUUUCCGAAUCUUCCUCCAAGAACUUUCGCAGGAAUUCUCAACGACCGACGGAUCUCGGCUCCUCACCAAGGAGAACGAAUCGAACACCACGAGUGUAUGAAAACUCCGGUGAUUUCCCGAUCGAACGGAGUUCUGCAAUAUUUUCCGAGGACAAUAUUCAAACAUAGAAACACUGCGAACCAAGGUAGAUAAUUAUCAUCGUCAUCGAACUAGGAAACUUAGGAAGGACGCGCCGAAAUUUCGCUGCGUCGUCGUAAUUCUAGCUUCAAACGGCAGUCUUCGCCUUGAGGAAAUCUCUCCGAGGGGAGGAUUUCGCGAGAUUUACGCCGGCCGGAAUACGAGCCGGCCAAUGUGUGGUGCACAGAUGAUCUGAUGAAGGAUGAGCGUGCGUGAUUGUAUAAGUGUGUGGAAGUGUACAAAUAAAUGAUCGAGCAUCGAUCGGAUGGAGAUUUCCGUGUAGACAACAAACGAUUCUACGAUUCGAGCGAGCGAGCGACGAGCGAAUGUACGAACGAACUCUACUACUCCAUUGUUGGCCACAACGCGGGCUCCUCUCAACCCGACAGUCUUUCAAGCCACGCGAGACCAUGAAUCUCACUCAUAAAACGUGAAUGCAAUUCCAGCGACUAGACAGUCGCAUGCACUCUCGAGAACGAUGCGAAUGUAGGGAGGAACGGACGGAUGAAGAACAUCUGUUGUGCUAGCUGAGACGAGUGGAGCGAUCGCAGAAAAAAACAGACGAAUCCAUGAAUGAAUCAAUGAAUGGAAACGCGAUCGAUACGGCAGUUAAAUAUGAAUGAAUAUAUAUGGGCACUUGCCGGAGCCACGACAUCAUUCGACAAUCAUCGGAAAAUCGAGAAUGAAUAAAGAUAUAUUUUGGUAGGAAAA